AGUGAAAUCGUUUGAAAACUUAUUCAAAAUGAAAGAAAUUGUGGUAUUGCUGCUCAUCAUCGCAAUACUUGGCGGAAUAAAAUCGUUCUCUGUGGAAACAAAUGAAUACCACCAAAAUGAAGCUGUGAUUAGAGAUUUCCAUUGGCCCGCUGAUGCAGCUUCAGUGGGAAACAUUCCAGAUAUGGAAUCAUUAUAUUUUAUAAACAUGAAGGUGGACAUACUCACUCAAAAUUUUACUGAUCAGUUCCAAAAAUGCAUUACUACCAAAUUUGAUGGUGGAGAGAUUAAAACGAUUCACAUAAGUACAAAAUUAACGCACAUUGAGUUAUAUUCCACAUAUACUGAAAAUGUAAUCAUUAAACCUAGGAAGUACUACCAGUUGGAAUAUUUUCAGUGUCGUGGCUUGAGCUUAACACGUAUUCCUGAGAACAUGAGUCAACUGAAAAAAAUGAAAUAUUUGGAUCUUAGUUUUAACUUAAUACAAACAGUUCAACUUGACCAGCUUAAUGGUUUGGACGAUUUAUUUGAAAUUGAUCUGUCUUAUAACAAAAUAAAUCACAUUAACAAUCAUGGAUCGGUGAGUUUUCCAUCACUCACUUAUUUACAUCUCGGAGGCAAUCAAUUGAAACAUAUUGACGUAUGUAGUUGGAACGUGCCAAAGCUUUCCUAUCUUAAUAUUGUUAAUAAUAGGUUGACACUUUUUGCAAUUAACAGCCUUCGCGGGCUUAAACAAGUAAACCUAGCUAGAAACCCACUGAACUGUGUAUGGAAGAAUAGUUUGCUAGGAGACAGAACAGAUAUAAAAAUUCAAGAAGAAUUAACUUGCGACACAAAUACCAAGGCUGCCUUUGGAUUGGAUUGCCCGUCGACAAUUGAUCAGUUGCGAUUCCAAAAUUCCACUCUCAUUGAAGACAGUUCGCAGACAGCCGAUCAGUUGAAGCAGCAGAAUUCCAAUUUUGACUCCAGGUUAGCCCAAAUUGAAGAAACAGUAACAAACAACAGCCAACAAAUUGCCGAUAUCAACAACAAAAUCCAAAAGAUGGCGGCGCAGCUGAAGAAUCUUGCAAAAAAAUCAAAAAUUAACGAAAGGUUCCAGAAGAUAGAGACGCUGCUGGAAAAUCUUGGCUCCAAGAUUGUUGAGCAGCAAAAUGUUUCGAAUGACAUUAUUGAGGCCAUUUAUAGAGCUGAAAUGGAGAGAACGUAUAAUACCAACAAAAGUACAUGAUCUUCGCAUUUAAUAAGCAUUCUUGUUUGGAUUUUUCGUUGUCAGUUUUGCCCUAAGUAUGAAUAUAUGUAGUAACAAAUAAUAAAUUUUUCUUUUAAUAAACGUUCUACAGGAAAAUAAC